GGUGACGACACGGCGCAUCAAAGGCACGAGAUCGCCGAGGCUGAUAGAGCCCGAACCGAAGCGGCAGUAGGGACAAGUCGAGACGCACCGAACCCCGCAGACGCGCCUGUACACUCCGAGACUGCGCUAACCGAAUUCCGCGAAAAAAGACAAAAAAGAUGCUCCAGUUCGGCGGCAGGGCGCGCGGCGUUCCCGCGCUAGUCUCUCUGAUUCUGGUGGCGUUGACGGCGGCAUCAUCUGAUCUCUUUGACAACCAACUGGGCGAUAUCAAUUACUGCAAAAAGCAAUGCCAGAUGACCAUCAAAAACAAAAGUCCUGCCAAAGACUCCAUCAUGAAUGCCUGUCACCGUGGCUGCCGGCUCUACUCCAUCUGCCAGUUUGUAAAUGGAAAUGCAGGCAUCAAUACCAGCAAGGAAGAAUGUCAGGGAGCAUGCCAGGAGGCCUAUAGUAAACUUCUGGAGCAGGAGGCCUGCAGCACAGGGUGUGCCAGCCAACCCGCUGAACCGGAGAUCAAAAGGAGGAAGCUUAAGGCCCUAACCAACCGCCCCAAACCCAUCUCUGUGAUGGAUGCUGUGUCCAGCUGGUGCAAUGACAUCAUCAGUUCCGCCCAGAGCUUCAUUUCCUCCACCUGGACCUUCUACCUGCAGGCUGAUGAUGGGAAGGUAGUUGUGUUCCAGAGUGAGCCAGAGAUUGAGUACUCCUUGCCUGAGUUACAAGCCCCACGCUCCAAUGUGGCUGACAAGCCCUGGCCCCAAAUCAACUCCCACACACAGCGGCCACAUACGGGUGGGCGCUCGCACGGGGAGGGAAAUGCGGAAAAACCUAGGGUGAAAGGAAAGCAUGUCAGCCAACACUCCGAGGAACCAGCUGCUGAGCACGACUUUCUGGGGUGCAUGUCAAGGCGCUCAGGACUGCCACGUUGGAUUUUAGCAGCGUGUCUUUUCCUGUCUAUCAUGGUCAUGUUGUGGCUGAGCUGUGCCAGUCUUGUCACAGCACCCGAGCAGCACGUCAAGACUCAGCUAAGCAUCAGUGGAGAUAAAGACUUCUUGGAUGACACCCAGAAGGUCAACCCCUACCAUUUGAUGCCAGUGAUCGCUAUGACGAUCGGGCAAUCUGAGGAGAGCAAGGAGGCAGGGCCACUCCCGGUCAAAGUUGACCUCAGUAAAACAUCACUUUAAAAGCACUGAGGAGGUCGAUACUUUUUAUGAAUAAGGUUAAACUCAUCUCCAGAGCUAUUACUCUCAAAUUUAAGGGGAAGUCGCAUCAUUUUUCUAAAUAAAAAAAUACAUGACGUAAUUUAUUAUUAUUGGUUACGAAGUACGUCCUGUCUCAAUCCUAGUCUCCACACUGAAUCCGCAAACCUCAUGAAAUCGUAGUUUAGGUGCUUGUUCAUAUAAUGUACUAACUUAAGCAUUUCAGCUAUAAUCUAUACAUUGAAAACACUAACGUUUGAGCUCAUUAAACAAUUUAGCAGCAAGAGUCUUAUUGCUAUUUUGAUUCAUUCUAAUCGAUUUCUUCAAAUACGCACUGUAUAAACACAUUGGGCUCUGACUGUAGAUAAAGCCACUUACAGUAUAUAAACCUCGAAAAAAAGAGUAGGAUUAUUUGUCAAGGUUUGGGAGCUUUGUCCAGCGUUUAAAUUAAUACACAUACUGCGAUGGAAUUAAAGGUGAAUAAGUGCCCCUCCCCGUUAUUAAUUAGUGUCACACAAAUGCUGAAAAAUGUGCUUUGAAGGUGAUGUGUUGGAGAGAGUUCAACUUUGUUGCGCACUUCAAUUCUCGCUUUGAUCUUUGAUGGCCUGAAAGGAGCAAUGGAAAUAUCAAAGGCAAACAAUCAGCAGCAGAUCUUGUUUUGUAACAGAUGCUUGAGACGGCAUUUACAAAAUAUUCACAUGAGGUGUAAAUACGUCCUUUGAAUUGAUGUCAUCAACCUGACAAUGACUCUUAAUUACUUUUAAAAACGGUGAAUGCUUGCAGUUUAAAUGGUUAAAUUAACAUUUUUGAAUGUUUUAUACGCAGACAAGAAUAGAUGGAGAUUUUAAUAUGCAUAAUUAUGCAUUUAAAUGAAGCCUAACCACACUUCCUAUAUCUAAGUCAAGGAAGCAUGGUGUGUAUUCAUUUAUAUAUUUAUUAAUUUCUCUAUUCAUUAAAAGCUUAGAGUAACACAUCACAUAGUGACUGUAGUGUUUCAUCUCUCAUUUAGUUAGCUCAUCGAUUUUAAUGCUUGACUGUAAAAUGUAUGCCCAUUAUAAAGAGAAAAAAACUUUGUUGUAAAUGGUUGUUAUUCCAAUGCCUGAACCCUUGUUCAUAUUCUCCAUCUAUGCCCACUUACAGACAUUGUUCCAUUCUGUUGGGAAAACCGACCACAAAAGGUAAUCCAAAGGUAGUUGGGGUGGAGUUAGGGGCGGGUUCUGGAUAAAGGUGGUUGCACUCUGCCUAGCGCCAGACUUUGACAAAUAUAUCUAGUGUAACCAGACUGUAGAACUGAGGUGCUUUCAUAGCAUUAUUUGUCUUGUGCAGCUAUUUUACCUUAUUUAAGCCCAUCCACAGUGCAUGCUAUUACACUAAGAGAUAUUGAAUAAAUCGCCCCAUCUCUUUUUGGAUGCAAACUGCUGUACGCUCAUGAUCUUUGUGUUUUUGCUUAAUUUUAAGUAGGCAUUGUAAUUAUGACAAUAGAUUAUUAAGAGAAGGUGAGGUAUACCUUAAGCCAUUUAUAUAUCGACUGGUUCUAAGCAACAUCAUUACUGUAUUAAAUACAAUGAAUGAAGUCAUUGAUAUCUUUCUUUUUUUUUCUUUUUUUUUUUUUUAACAGUUUGCCAUAAAGUAAUCCAUAAUAUUGGAUGAAUAAAGUGUUUUCAUGUUGUAAAUAAUCUGGUGUUGAUUCAAUUACUGUUCAAGCAUACGGAAGAA